AUGGUCGUCAACAGGUGUUUGUUGUGUAUUUGCGUACUGUUCGGUGUUACACGCGCUUUCCAUUACUCCAUCAAUCCACCUAACAACGCUUUCUUUCUCACUUCACCGAGCACAAAUGACGCUAAUAUCACCCAUCAGACGUUGUAUCUUCAUGACGACUGCCCAUAUUCCACCGAUCAACACAUUACCGUCACUACGGGCAGUAGAGCGGAAAGCACUCGCUUGUUGCCGUCGAUUGUAAACCUACAUUGUGCUGUAACUGUGAAACUUGUACAAGAUGUGGUGAAAUUGGAUCGACCCCAUGUGGAUGUGCUGGCAUUGGCCGAUUUACCCUUGCUGUCGUUCCUCAAGCAAUCCGCCUGCGUUACUGUUCAAGUUACCAGUCCGACGGCUGAUACAGUUUCGUCCUCAUGUCAUCUCUCACCAUUCGAAGAGAAUAAACAUAAUUGUCUAAUAAGACUACAAAUACCGUACACAUGGUUUGGUGCUGUGGGACGUAACACAACUGCUAGACAGGUUUUAUCCAUGUCACAUACCGUAUCGUCCACGUGCAAUGUGCCGUUUUAUGAUCGGCCUCAAACCCCGCUCAGUCUUCUGCCAUUUAUCGAAAAUGCUCAAGCCCAUACCCUUGUCAAGGAUGAGGAAGUGGAUCUUUCAUUACUAUCCCGGGCGAACUUGUCUUUCGCAUUGAAUUCGCUCAACUCAUUGUUCGUUCACCUCUCUUACAAUACUACGGAAACAGCACUGGAAAAAAUUGAAAUAAGACUGUGGUUGGAUGCUCGUUUCGAUCUGCUCAACGUUUCGCCGCUGGCCAGCGACGUCUGGCCGCUACGAGUUGUGUCCGCUGCACGACCGCUUUUCUACACGUCGUUUAUAUGCCGAAGGAAAGGCAAAGCAACUAGCUGGGACGGCUAUGUGUUUGCACUUCUGCUACGAAUGCGUGGUUCAAUCGCGGAAAACAAGAGGUUGAUGAAAAAUGAGGAAGGAGAUGAGGCCGUUUUACAUUGGGAAAUACGACGAAGCGGGGGGAAUGGGACUCAGGAACUCAUCCAUAAAGUUGCCACAAAGUUCCGUGUUGUGCCUGAUUCUAUCUAUGCGCUUGUGCCAGUCGCUAAGAACACGGAUCUCAUCAAUACCGGAGUGCUUUCCGGGCAGCAAAGUGCCACAUCGAUGCGUGUGUUCACCGCCUCGUUGGGUGGUGUGAUCCGGGAUGUGACCUCACGUUCUCAUUGCAUCUCAGCCGAGUCCAGAGUAUUGAAGACAAGUCCUACCUGUACAUCGGUUUAUGUUGAUGGAUCUGAGCUGCGUGGUAUGCAGAAUAUGAAAAUUCACGUGCAUUUCGAGAAGUGGACCACUUUUAUAACAUAUACAGUUUGGUAUCCUCGGCUACCGAUUACGCUUUGGCUACGCGAUUCGGUACUGAAUUCAAUUACGGGAUGGCCUAUUACCGUAUGGAAAAGUCUAGAAGGUGAACGAUAUCAUAAAGGAGCAGCGAAACAGUUUGCUUGUGGAAAUCGCUAUCAACAGAGCGAGCUACGAGUUUUCGCCUCUUUUCAAGUGAGCGAUGAACGAACCGGUGAGAGAAUGUAUCUGAGCGGACAUCGUGACGUUAUGUUUGAUGUCACAUCGUUAGCCGCUGAUAGUAUUGUAAGCAGUGAUCGAGCAAUAGUCACUGUGCGAAAUUACAACAAUCGUGUGAUUGUGCAAGCAGUUCAGCCCGGUGAAACACGAAUUGUCGUCAAAGCUCAAGCACCGAAUAUCGAUUUUGGUAGCACGACAGUGAUGGUUACCGCCGAAGAGGUGACAAUCAAUCGUCUUACAGCACUUCCGGUUAUCGAAAUGAUUCUGAACGUUGAGCCAAGUGCUGGAAAAAGAGCACAAUAUGAUGUGGUCACAGCUUUGGAGACAAGUUUUCAGCAUCGAUAUCAGCACGGCAGCUUCUUCUACCAAUUGUUCUACUCGGACGACAGUAUGGAGUUUUUGGAUGAUGUUACCGUAACUGAUUUCAAUCUCUCAUCACAAAGUUCCGACGAACGAGUUCUAGCGUUAGCUCAUAAAGUUCAAAAUGGAGUGGAUAUAAUUGCUCUGGAUGAUAUAUCCGAUCCAUAUAUCCAGUUGGAGUUACGCCCACCUGCUCAUUGUACUGACAUAGAUGCUGCUCCUCUAGCAAUAAUUCAAGUGCCGAUGCGAGUUCAAUUUGAUGGGGUUGACUCCAGCCGUCUGGCAGUCGCAAGGUUUCCAAUAAACGUUACCGUCUCCACUCCACCAUCGGAUGAUACGUCAAUCUGGCGAACGGACACUAUUCUUGCAGCAGUACUUGUAAUGCUACUUCUCGCAGGAAUACUGAGAUUUUUCUCAAAAAGAGCUACGAGCUUCAGAGGAUAUGAAAAAUUGGUCGCACCACUACUGUCUCGGCUGUCCUCCUCGUCUAGUGGUGGUGGCCGAGAUGAAGACUCUAAGGAAUGGGUAUGGUUGGGGAAAUCAAGGAAUGACACGAGUAGUAUCGGUUCGCGAUAUUCUCAGAAGUCCACCGUCCACGUUGCCGAACAGUCGUCACCGUCGUACGACGAGAACACACAGACGAGCAUCUCUUAUCGCGGUUCCGAAAUCAGUGUAUUUAUUUCGCCAACGCCUGUGGUGGCCGUACAUGCGGACUACGAACCUCCGUGUGGGGGCAGUUGGCGAGCGAGCGGCGGCAAAUCCCGAACAAGAGCCGCACGACACGCGUUGAUCGACUCCUCAUCGGAUCACAACUUGGCGAGAGUUGUAGCCAGAAGCGGUAAUCGUUUACGAAUGUACGAACAUACACCAAUCAAACGUGUGCGACAGGCCUUCAUUCUGUUGAGCGACUUUGCACUCAAAUCAAAACAAAGUCUACAAAAGCUCCAGGAUCAUUGGCUCAUGGAGGGACGAAACCGUAUGGCCGAGCAAUACAUGGAGUUCGAAGAAACGGACAACAGUCUACGAGGGCAUGAGGGAGAGUGUGGCUUGACCUAG